UAAAGUGGAUACCACGUUGCCAACCACCUUUCCUCUUUGCAUGGAUUUAUGCUUCACUUCUUCGGAUUGCUUGAUUGUUCACUUGUUCAAGUAUACCCAAAAAAAGAUCUCUACUGAUCAACUAAACACAGUAUGAUCAAACAAUUGCGUGUUUAUUUUAAUUUCCAGAGUAGAACAGAUUAGCAGUUGGCAUGUAAAAAAAUUGACCAAAUAUGGCGACAGAGUUUCAUUUUGUGUUGCUGUUGUGCUGCUGCUUUCUAGCCAGGAGUGUCUCUGUGUCGCAAGAGAGGCUUCAUCAAAUAGCAUCUUCUCUUGAAAUGUUUGUGGAUGAGCUUCCAGAUAUGCCCAAACUAAAAGGAUAUGUUGCAAGAAGAGGAGGGGUUUACGCUCCAGCACAUCUUGAGAUUGGGAUGUUUGAGACAAAUUGGAAAUUUCACAGAGACCUUCCAGAAACUAGAGUGUUUGCAUACGGAACGAGAAAGGAGAGAGCUACAGUGCCAGGUCCGACAAUUGAAGCCUUACAAGGAGUGGAGACCUCUGUAAGAUGGGAAAAUCAUCUGCCUUCUCGGCAUAUUCUGCCAUGGGACCGCUCGCUUGCAACUGCUAUACCCAAACACGGUGGGGUUCCCACGGUAGUUCACCUGCAUGGCGGAAUUGUGGAGCCUGAGAGCGACGGGAAUUCCAUGGCCUGGUUUACAGCUGGCUUUAAAGACAGUGGACCUGCAUGGAAGAAAAUUAAUUACAGUUACCUCAAUGUUCAACAGCCAGGAAACCUGUGGUACCAUGACCACGCCUUGGGGUUAACGAGAGUUAACCUUUUAGCAGGAUUGGUGGGUGUCUACACAAUUCGUAGCCCCUCCAUUGAGAAGCCUCUGAAGCUUCCGUCUGGCCCAUAUGACCGCAGCCUUGUUCUCUUCGACCGCAAUUUCAACAAAGAUGGAUCUCUUUACAUGAACUCCACAGGAAACGAUCCUUCGGUUCAUCCCCAGUGGCAGCCACAAUACUUUGGAGAUGUGAUUAUAGUAAAUGGGAAGGCAUGGCCUUACAUGAAUGUGCAAAGAAGAAAAUACCGUUUCAGAAUUGUGAAUGUAGCCAAUGCUAGAUACUUUACAUUGGCUUUAAGUAAUGGGCUGUCUAUGAUACAAAUAGGAUCAGACUCUACAUAUUUACACCGACCUGUAACUAUCAAGAAGUUAGUUCUAGGCCCAUCAGAGAUUGCAGACAUAAUUAUAGAUUUUAAUAAAUCAUCUACCAGUAAGGCCAUCUUAAGAAACAGUGCACCAUAUCCAUUCCCUGAAGGAGCCAAAGUAAAUGAUCUAAACAGCAAUGUUUUAAAAUUUGUCAUUCAAAGCAUAAACUCUGAAGUUGUUUAUGAAGCUAUGCCCAGGACUUUGGUGCAGAAUCCUCGUGCCAAUAAGAAUGACUCUGCACAGACACGAUACAUUACCAUGUAUGAGUAUGAUGAUAGCAAGACUGGAAUGGAAACAAGUAUGCGUUUCAACAACUUAACAUAUGAUGCCCCUGUCACUGAGACACCUAAACAGGGAACCAGCGAGUUGUGGCAUAUUAUAAAUCUCACAAUGCAUAGCCACACUUUACAUAUUCAUCUUGGUCUGUUUGUAGUCCUGAAGCAGACAGAAUUGUUACACAUGAUGGACUUCCAGAUGUGCAUGGAGAUGAUGAAUGAUGCAAUGAUGUGCAAAUUAGAUAAGUAUGCCAAGGGAAAAGUGAUUCCAACCCCUGCUAAUGAAGGGAAUUGGAAGAAUGUAGUGAAGACACCACCAGGAUUUGUAACAACAAUUCUUGUUCAGUUCUCCAUGCUUGAUGCUCAUCAUACUCUCUAUCCAUUCAAUGCCAGUGCUGAGCCAGGUUAUGUGUAUCACUGCCAUAUGUUGGAUCAUGAAGACAACGAAAUGAUGAGACCCUUGAAAAUAGUCCAAUAAUGCAAAAAUAAUGGUGUUGGAGGUGCAACUUUGUCACAAGGAAUUUUAUGUUUCUUUUACAAUAUUACUGUUCAUUGUUAUAGAAAAUCCUUGUAUUAUGUUAACAAGAACACAAUAAGAGCUAGGGAAUUAUGACCAUGUAUAGUAUAAACUAUAAUUGGUUUUAAGACUAUUGUUGGGCAUCUCCCAAUGUAAAUUGCAGUCCUGUAAGACUUCAAUUAAAUUGAUUGUGAAGUGUUGGAUAUUGGGAUGUUCUAAAUUGCAAAGUCUUAUAUAAUUUGAUUGCAAAGUGUUGGACA